AUGGACCCUUUCCAGACGCAGCAGCCUGAUGAGGGCUACUCCGAAGACCCACUAUCGACGUCCGGGUCGCUGGCUGUUGCGAGCAAGUCAUCUGUUGGAGAUGCUGAAGGCCUGCCACCAGCUCUGGCACGCCACAUUUCGUCCCUCUCGGUUGCGUCCAAGAUUCCCCUCCUCGACAGCUUGCCGACCAGCGCCAUCGCCCAGAUCGUUCAGCAGCUGAGCCCGCGCCUGUACAUUGACUUUAUCCGCUACCUGCCCGCCGAAAUCUGCCUCAACAUCCUCGGCUACCUCGACCCGCUCUCUCUGAUUGCGGUUGCGCGGUCGUGCCGUGCCUGGUACGGCCUGGCCUCGGACCGGAAGCUCUGGGAGCGCCUGUACUACCUGGAAGGCUGGAAGGCCAUCACAUCCGAGCUGCAGAAAUGGGAAGAGACCGUCAACCGCGACCGGCCGGCGCCGUACGACGAGACGAGCAGGGGCCACACGUCUAAGAGACGCGCCAUUACUUCGUCACGACGCGCCGCCGACGGCGACCGGGACCAUGUGAUGCUGGACGCGGACCGUAUUUGGAAGUCGGACAUGACGGCCGUCGACUCCUUGCCCGAGGACCAGCCGGCCUCGAGCUUGUUUGGCAACGACAAGCGAGGAGACAACGUGCCUGACCCGGCAGCGGGCACGUCCUUUUCGUCUAUGUCGACGGCCGCCUCGUCGUCGUCGUCGGUGGCGGCGGCAGCUUCGGCAAGCAAAAAGGGCAAGCAGCGUGCAUCGUCGCCACCACCACGCCCGUCCGCAGAGAGCGUCGCGCCCGUGCGCGAAGCUUCGCCAGAGGGCCUACCGAAGCAGAGCCUCUGGGUGCUGGACUCGGCCAGUGGCAAGUACCGCAUGAACUGGAAGCACCUCUACACGCUGCGGCGGCGGCUCGAGGCCAACUGGGAGCUCGGCAAGUACACCAACUUCCAGUUCCCGCACCCCGACCACCCCAACGAGGCCCACGGCGAGUGCAUCUACACCAUCCAGUUCAACCAGGACUAUCUGGUCAGCGGCAGCCGCGACCGCACCAUCCGCAUCUGGAACCUGCAGACCCGCCGCCUCGCGCGGAUGCCCCUCGUCGGCCACCGCGGCUCCGUGCUCUGUCUGCAGUUCGACUCGGACCCGGAGGAGGACCUGAUUGUGUCCGGCAGCAGCGACUCCAACGUCAUCCUGUGGCGCUUCUCCACGGGCGAGAUCCUCCAGCGCCUGCACCGCGCCCACCGCGAGCCUGUCCUCAAUGUCAAGUUCGACAAGAACAUCUUGGUGACGUGCUCCAAGGACAAGACCAUCAAGGUGUUCAACCGGCGCCCGCUCAAACCAGGCGAUCUGGGCUAUGCGGUUGGCGACGGCAAGCCGUCGUCGUCUGCCGUCGACCCCGUGCCCAUCCAUCUCAAGCGCUACGGCUACGACGACGAGAUCAGCCGCCUGCCGCUCAAGCCGCCCUACACCAUGAUUGGCAGCCUCGAGGGCCACAGCGCCGCAGUCAACGCCGUCCAGAUCCACGGCCGCGAGAUUAUUUCCGCCUCGGGCGACCGCAACGUCAAGAUCUGGGACUGGCCCAACCAGCAAUGCGUCCGUACCUUGGUGGGCCACAGCAAGGGCAUUGCCUGCGUGCAGUACGACGGCCGCCGCAUCGUAUCCGGCAGCAGUGACAACGAGGUCAAGGUGUUUGACCGCCGCACGAGCCUCGAGGUCGGCAGCCUGCGCUCGCACUCGAACCUGGUGCGCACCGUCCAGGCCGGGUUCGGUGACCUGCCCUACAGCGCCGAAGAGGACGAAAAGGCCGCCGCGCUGAUGGACCAGCGGUACCUCGAGGCGGUGCAGAACGGCACGCUCCCGGUGAACCCGACAAACGUUCGACGCCGCCACCGCAGCGGCAACCGACCGGCCAAUGACGACGACGAUGACAACGGCAUGCUGCGGCCCGAGAACAUUCGCUUCACGGGUGCCAAGCUGCCCCCCGGUGGCGGUGGUGGCCAGUACGGCCGCAUCGUGUCGGGCUCCUACGACACGACGAUUAUCAUCUGGCGUCGCAACAAGCACGGCAUGUGGAAGCCGCAACACCACCUGAAGCAAGAAGAAGCCGCAGCCGCCGCGUCGGCAGCCACAUCCAGCGCGACAAAUGCGCUGCGCAUGGCCCGGCGCCAGGCUGCAGCAGCUGCUGCUGCUGCCGUGGCCGGCGAACCCGGAAGCCAGCCGCUGACACAGGCGGCGCUUGGAGCACUGCAGCAGCAGCAGCUGCAGAUCGGCCAACAGAGCGCGGCGAGCGGAAGCCAUGCUACAGCGACAGUCGCCCCGGGACAAAGUUCCACGCCUGCACAGCAGCAUCAGCCUCUGCCCGGCACAGCAUCCGCCACCCCGCAACCGUCCUCGUCGCACGCGAUGCACGUUGACCUGCCGGACGCGGGCGCUGCCUCCUCGUCGGCAGCGGCCACUGCAACAGCGCAUACACCGGUGCAGACGCAGCUGGCACGGCUGAUCGACGACCUGAUUGCGCAGGGCGUCCAUGCUCUCCAGCAGGCACUGUCCACGUACCCGGACCUGCUCGAGAUGCAGCCCACGCUGCAGGCCGCCAUUGACCGCCACCCGAGCCCCUUUGUCCGCUCACAGCUGCGCCAGGCCGUCAGCUCGGCCCUGGUUCGGGCCCAGAUGGUGCAGGCCGCCACCGGCCCACGUCCAGCACCAGCCGGCCUUGCAGCGACAACAACACAAGCUACGACCGGCACGUCGGCCGAAGACAGCGCACAAGCUGAGACGGCCCAGGCGGGCCAGACGGCCGCUACGCCAGCUGGCGCCGCGCCGUCAUGGUCGACUGUGGUAGGCGUGGGCGCCGGAGCCAGUACGGCCGGGCCCAGCGCACCGCCCGCCACGGCCAUUGCGCCCCACACCGUCUCGCUGGCCGCGCUCGAGAACCACCAACAGCAGGUCGUUUUGCCGCCGCCGGCGAUCGUGGGGACCAACACCGCUCCCCAUCCCCACGCUCAAGCUGCUGCUGCCGCCGCCGCCGCCGCCGCUGCCGCCGCUGCCGCUGCUGCAGGACCGCCGCCGCACCAUCCGCAUAUGCACGCGGGUGCAGCCGCUGCGGCCGCCGACGACAUGGCGAACCCGGCGCGCGUCUUCAAGCUGCAAUUCGAUGCCCGCCGCAUCAUUUGCUGCAGCCAGACGGCCAUCAUUGUUGGGUGGGACUUUUGCAACGGUGACCCGGAGCUCGAGGAGGCGGCGCGGUUUUUUGGGACGAUUGAGUAG